CUCUCAACACAAUGCCUCCUCUAAGGAUUGCCGGUCCUCGCAAUCUUGCCCUUCUCUCCGUCAUUUCCCUCGGCGGCACCUACAUGAUCCUCAAAUCGAAGACCCUAGCAGUCAAGCAGGACAAUAGGACAGCGGGUGAUUACAGUGUGUCUGUAGACAGAUCCGGUAGGUCGACAUGAACAUACACCAUCCGCAUGAGAAGGAUAGACGGUGACGACCCUCGCCACAACUACAUCAUCCGCAAUCUAUACCCAAAAGCUUGGUCAGCUUGCACUCCUAAAGUCAUGAGAACAUCGAUUGUCUGGAGGAUCCUAUCUGAGGCGGAUCAUUUCGGAAGAGCAUGUUUCGCAAUAUUGCGAGAUGUUGCUGCUUUUGUAGAAGCAUUCUACGAAUCGACGGAUCCCGAGAAAUCUGACGUCCUGCUCUAAGCCCUCCAAUUCAUCUCGCUCACGAAGAACAACCCAACAGUCCCGACGUCGGACGUCUGUGUUUAUGGUUUCGGACCCUUAAGCUGACUUUGACUGUGCAGGUGGCGGGAUCUGAAAGUUGACUGUGGUUGAAACAACGAAUUAUACGCAUCUACCUUUCGUUAUGAGCAUAUCAGCAAUGAAUUCGGCGGCAUGAUGAUCGAUCAUUUAAACAGCGUCUUUCCAC